AUGCCUUCGAGACAGUCUUCCACCACUUAUUCCUCUCUGCCCCACCUUUCUACUAUCAUCAACCUUCAGCCGGAAGAGGAGCCAUGGUGUGCUGGGUAUGCUCCUUCACGAGGUCGUCGCUGCCAUGCUAGAACAAACGCGAACGGCCGCAGAUGUGCGAUGGAUAUUCUCGACGAGGCAACCGAAGACCUCCGAGCCGGAUAUCCCAUCUAUGAUCAACUGAAAGAAUUAGCUCCACAUGUACUAUGUCGGAGGUUUCAUCAAGACCAAGCAUCGGGUCUUGCUCGUUGCUGGCGAGAAAAAGUAGACUCGUUUAUCAAAUCUCGACGACCCCCUCCGAUACAAAGAACUGUCCAAAUUACUACCGACACUCGCCGCCAAGUUCCCCGGGGGCAAACACCAGAAGAGCGAAUGGAGGUUCUUGUGCGUGAAAUGAAAGAAAGAAUAGAUGAGUUCUUAACGCUAAGAAGCUCUGGGGGAUUCUCCGCCAUUUCCCCGGAUUCUCAAGUUGUUAAUGAUGCUCGACAAAUGAUGAGAAUAGAUGGAGCCAUCAACAACACCUCUACCACCACCACCACCACAACCACCACCACCACUACUACUACCAAUAACAUUGCACAACCAAGGGGUGAAUCAAUAACACUUACUGGAACCCCUGUUCAGAGUUCGCCAGACCGCACAAGAGCCCAAUACCCAAGAAACAUUGGCAGUUCCCGCGGCAUACUGGUUACAUCUGGCCAAACCUCUAGCCACCGAUCCGAGGCUACUACUACGAUGCCACCUACCUCUGACUCAGACCAGCAAUCCGUGAAUAUAGAGAGAUCAUCACGCUCGACUGAGUCGGUUAGCAAUGCAACUGGUGUUGAUCGUCGACCUGCGGAGGGAGAAUGUGGAAUAUGCCUGUGUUCUUUGCAGGAACCUCAAUCUUACGACACAGAAGAUGAAGAUGAUAAUGAAGAUGAUGAUGAAGAUGAAGACGAGAUUGAAGAAGAAGAUGAUUAUGAUUAUGAUGAAGAGGAUGAACAGGAAUACUCUUCAGACGAAGAAGAUGGACUGGUGUGGUGCAAAGCACAAUGUGGUGUCAAUUACCACAGAGAGUGCAUCGACCAGUGGCUUGCAUCAGGUCGCUAUGAUUCGUGCCCAACCUGUCGGAGCACGUGGCGAGAUUGA